AUGGAGGAGGCCCCGAUUGAGGCAUUUCACGAGGAGGCGCCUGCCGCUGGACCUCAGACCACUGGCCCCGCUCCGGGUGGCCACACCGGUGGAAAGCGCGUAUAUGUCGGCAACUUGUCCUGGGAUACACGGUGGCAGGGGCUCAAAGACCAUAUGCGCGAAGCUGGAAAUGUAGCUCACGCGGAGGUCUUUACUGAGUCUUCCGGCCGUUCAGCGGGAUGUGGAAUUGUGGAGUUCGAGACACCGGAAGCUGCCGAAAACGCCAUCAAUACACUUAAUGAUACAAUGCUUGAUGGCAGGUCGAUCUUCGUUCGCGCCGAUCGUGAGGAGGGCAAGCCUCGUCGUGCUUUCGGAGAUGGUGAAGGUUUCAGUCGUCGCAGGGAGUCGGAUCGUGGCAGGAAGAUUGUCGUCUGGAAUUUGCCGUAUCAUAUCAGAUGGCAAGACUUGAAAGAUUUGUUCCGUGAGUAUGGCAGCGUCAUUCGUGCUGAUGUGCCACAGACUCAUGAUGGCAAAUCGAAGGGAAUGGGCACCGUCCUCUUCGAGACUGAAAUGGAGGCGGAGAGGGCUAUUCAGGAGAUGACUGGCAAAGAGGUCGACGGUCGCAUAGUCGAUUGCCGUCUGGAUAAGUACGCCUAA